AUGACUUUUAACGUCGACUUGGAGCCAUCGACCCGUCAGGCACCGGUCCAUGUCUCAUUAGCCCACCAGAAAGUCAUAAACUACAUUGAAAGCACGUUUGACAACAUCAUCCAAGAGAUCCGAGUCCGGCCAUAUGGCAAGCCAGUCAUCACUCUAAGACGCAUCACUGCCAUCAAGCCAUACUAUGACCACUCCGACUAUAUGAGACUAAAAUGGCAUAUUGAGGAUCGUCCAAUUUCUUACUCGUUUCCUGGCAAGAACAAAGAUGAGGCGUGGAGAUUUGCUUGUCUCGGCCGCGUGCUCGGAGAGAUCUAUGCUGCCGUUCAAAGUGGCAUUCUGGUCACCAAAAGGGACAUCUAUUACCAUGACCCUUCACUCUUCAAACACCAAGGGCUGGUCGAUCGUCUGGUUGAUGACAUAGCUCAUACUUGUGGUGUCAGAAGAUUGGACCUUCACGUGGUGGCAAGCCCCAAAGGAUUGGUGGCGGGAUUCAAGAACGAAGUCAUCACGAUACCAGACAUGUUUCCACACGCCCACUUGGAUGCAUUAGGUCACGUCAGAUGGAUACUCGUUGUUGAGAAAGAGGCAACCUUGAAAGCUUUAGUCGAGCAAAGCUUGCACCUCCAUCCAACGCUCGGGUCUGGUAUCAUUGUGACAGCCAAAGGAUAUCCCGAUCUUGCGACUCGCAAGUUCCUCCGCACGCUCUGUGAUGAGCUCUCACCACCAGUUCCACUCUGGGGCUUGUUUGAUCUCGAUCCAGAUGGUAUGCGCAUACUGAAAUGUUACGUGUAUGGGUCAAAGACCUUAGCCCAUGAGCAAGAAUGCAAUCUUCCCGAGAUGAAAUGGAUUGGCCUUCGCUACCGCCAUCUCUUGCAGACAUGCCAUGACUUCAGUCUAUCCCUCCCUCUGACACCACGUGACCGAGCUGUGGCAGCAUCCAUCCUCAACAGUCAUGAGUGGCGGGAUGAAUCCGGUAAUAUCCUGCCGUGCCUUGUGGGUUGCCAUGUCGAGUUGCAGCGUAUGUUGUUGUUGAACCGAAAAGCCGAGAUACAGGCUCUGGAUGACGUGGAAGGAGGGAUGAUGGCCUAUUUGACCGAAAUGUUGAGAAAUUGA